UGCAUUAGUGGUCUAUCUUAUACCUCGUCUGUGACCAUAAGUACAUUUGUAAUAUUCCUGGGUGGAAAGUGAAAAAGUAUGGCGAAGGUUUACGUGUAAAGACGAUCGUCAACACAGUUGACAGAAAGUAAUGAAAUUGGCUAAUGUCAAACGUAAAGACGUUAUGUAUGAAAAAUGCUCCCUUUAGUUAGUACCGUUUUGGUACAAUUCGUGUGAUCGCAUACAACGUUUUAUACGAGUGUUUAAUUGCGUGAUAAAACGAAAGAACAAACGGCGAACCGUAAGAUCCAGUGGUUGCGAAACGUCACAAAUCACAACACGGAACGAGCCACUUUAAGGCAAGACGUUCCAUCUCGUUUUUAAGGAAUUUGCGAUACGUAAAAAUAGAGAUAAUGCGAAUGACCAUGUAUCACGGGAUUCAGCAGUUCUACGCUGUGGAAUCGCGAUGACCUGAUUUAAUCUUAUCGCUCUAAAAGUGUACUCCAAUCUUGAACUGUAUCGUGCAAGGUUAUGUGCAGUUAUGCGUCUGACAUUUAGGUUUUUUUAUGAACAUUCAUUGAGGAUCCUUGUAAUAAUAUUUGGCAAUUAGCGUGACAUAAAGUCACGAUUAAUUUUGAGCCUUGUAAAGAGAGUGCGAUUGUGCUGUUUAAUAAUGUCUCGUUACUCGAACCGUUUUUAAACGAUCUUUGAAAACCAUUUGAAGUAUAAUUGAAGUACAAACUGCUGAGAGUUGAGUGUAUACAAAAUGAGUCAAGUAGAAAUGGAUCAAGAAACAGUGUAUGGGACACAUGAGGAUAGCCAUGUGGUCAUGUCAGAGAAAGUACAAUCUCUGGCUGGUAGUAUUUAUCAAGAAUUUGAAAAAAUGAUAGCCCGUUAUGAUGAAGAUGUGGUUAAAGAUCUAAUGCCCCUGCUAGUCAAUGUUCUAGAAUGCCUAGACAUAUCUUAUACAGAAAAUCAAGAACGCGAAGUUGAAUUAGAAUUAUUAAGGGAAGAUAAUGAACAACUUGUGACCCAAUAUGAAAGGGAAAAACAGUUAAGAAAAGCAUCUGAUCAGAAAUUAUUUGAGCUUGAAGAUGUUGCAGAAGAUGAAAGAAAAGAACUUGUAUCAAAGAUUGAUAGCUUGGAGUCAAUUGUAAGGAUGCUGGAACUGAAGACAAAGAAUUCACAUGAUCACGGUACAAAAGCCACUGGUUCUCUCAGACCAUCCCUUCACAAAACAUCCCUUUACAUUGUCCGUCUUGAAGAGAAAGAAGCAGAAAUGAAACGUGAAUAUACUCGUCUGCAUGAGAGGUAUACAGAGUUAUUUAAAACGCAUGUAGAUUAUAUGGAAAGAACAAAGAUGUUAGUUGGAAGUACAGAAAGAUUAGAAAAUGCAACUAGCGGUCGUGGUCCAUCUCGUUUGCCAUCCCUUGGUCUAGCUCAUAUGUCUCGAAGUUCUGGGCCAUUAAGUUAUGGUUUUCAGAGCUUAGAAGCUAGUAUAAACGCGGAAGAUGUUCAAGAUGACAUUCCGCCAAAUGCUGCUAAUUUAAGAACAGAAAUGUUGGACAAUAGUAGUGAAGCUGCUAUUGAAACAUCUGAUAAAAGUCAAUUAACGGAUAAACCAGCGAAAGCAAAUAAAACAACAGCAAUUUCUAGACACGAAAGUCCUGAAACCGAAGCACCUCCACUAUUGGUUACACCAACGUCACCAACGGUAGAAAAAUUAGCUACUACUCCAAGUGGAAGGAGUAGAACUGAAAGAGAGCAACGAAGUGGUAAUACAUUGUAUCAGGAACUCAGUUUUCAAGAUGCUGAUGCAUUGGGUGAAAUGGACGAAGGGGCGGACAUUACUGGCAGUUGGGUUCAUCCUGGAGAAUAUGCAUCGUCGGUUAAUGACAACUUCUUUGGAAUGGGAAAAGAGGUAGAAAAUCUUAUUAUGGAAAACAAUGAGCUUCUAGCCACGAAGAAUGCGCUCAACAUCGUUAAAGACGAUCUAAUCGUCAAAGUAGACGAACUAACAAGCGAGCAAGAGAUAUUGCGUGAAGAAGUUCGGGGCUUACAACAAGCUAGAGAACGUUUAAAACAAAGGGUUGCAGCCCUUGAAGAAGAAUUGAAGAAAGUUAAAGAAGAAGCUGAAGCAGCAGCCAAAGCGGCCAAGAGCGACGACGAAGAAGAUGUACCAUUGGCACAAAGGAAAAGAUUUACUAGAGUAGAGAUGGCUAGAGUGCUCAUGGAGAGAAAUCAAUAUAAAGAACGAUUUAUGGAACUUCAAGAAGCUGUAAGAUGGACAGAAAUGAUAAGAGCCAGCAAAACAGAUCCUUCUAGUAUAUCAGGGGGAAAAGGUUCGGUGUGGAAGUUUUUUAGUAGUCUUUUUACAGGACCCGCGGAUCGGGGGACCUUGGUUCGCGGAGCACACACGUUACCUCAUAUUAGGUAUAGUGCACCAACAAAUCAAGUUGUCCCGGCAUCAUCCUUGGACGCCAUGCGAAGACGUACGUUGAAAGGUCGCCAUGAGAUUUUCGACCAGGGAGACACCAUAGCUUCUGAAAAACUAGUUGCCAGGAGGGCAAAUGAACGCAGAGAACAAUAUCGACAGGUUCGUGCCCAUGUUAGAAAAGAAGAUGGACGAUUACAAGCUUAUGGUUGGAGUUUACCAGGUAAACCGAGUGCUCCGGUUAGACAACCAGUUCCUGUGCCAGUCUAUUGUAGGCCUUUACAAGAAUCAGAACCAGGAAUGAAGAUAUGGUGUGGCGCUGGUGUAAAUUUAAGCGGUGGUAAAACACGAGACGGUGGUUGUAUGAUUGGGGGAAGUGUGUUUUACGCGGCCGAAGCACAAGAAGUAAGUAGUAAUACGAAAGUUGAAGCUGAGGAUGCUGUUGAACAUUUGGAUAAGGAGAUUCAAGAGAACGAGAAUCAAAGGGUAGAGGCAGAACAAUUAGAACAACAACUUAGCUCAUUGGUGUGGAUCUGCACUUCGACGCAGAAGAUGUCGAAAGUUACUGUGAUAGAUGCUAAUAAUCCAGCCGGUGUUUUGGAAGUUUUCAACGUUUGCCAAGGACAUUUACUGUGCAUUGCAAGUGUACCUGGAGCCAAAGAAAGUGAUUAUAUUCAAGGUGUAAAUGAAGAACCAGUUCGAACUACUAACGGAGUAAACGACAACGAUGGCCACGAGGAAAAUGCAAAUGUCGAACAGAUCAAUCAGAAGAAUAAACAAGAAACUCAAGCUUCAUCGGAUAUCAGUAAAAAUGAAUCCGACAGUGUUUCAGAGGAACAGAAUAACGAGAGCACCGAGUCGGACAAUACCAAUCAAAACAUUACUACCGAGCCACAAAGUUUGGAAAGCGUAGAUAGUGAAACGAUGAAUCUAGGAAAAGUAUACUUUGUAAAAGUUAAUCUGGAAUCACCACCGUCGCGAUUAAAUGAGAAAGAUGAUACAAACGAAGAGAACCAAAACGAUGAAGUUGAAGAGGGUACACCUAUAGAAAAGAUGUCUUCGAUACAACCUACUAUGUGGCUAGGAGCUCAAAAUGGUGCGGUGUUUGUUCAUUCGGCUGUCGCUAAGUGGUCAGUUUGCUUGCAUUCUGUAAAAUUGAAAGAUGCUGCUUUGGCGAUUGUACACGUACAAGGUCGAGUUCUUGUAGCUCUUGCUGACGGAACUGUCGCAUUAUUUCGAAGAGGUGCAGACGGACAAUGGGAUUUGUCUCAAUAUCAUGUGAUUACUUUGGGUAGUCCACAACAUUCAAUUAGGUGCAUGGCUGCUGUUAGCGGUAGAACUGUAUGGUGCGGAUAUAGAAAUAAGAUUCACGUAAUAGAUCCAGUUUUAAUGACGGUCGAGUGUACCGUAGAUGCUCAUCCCCGUCGAGAAUCACAAGUGAGACAAUUAGCUUGGUUAGGCGAAGGAGUAUGGGUCAGUAUUAGAUUAGACUCAACGCUUAGACUCUACCAUGCCCAUACGUACCAACACCUUCAAGACGUUGAUAUAGAGCCUUACGUUAGCAAAAUGCUUGGAACUGGAAAACUUGGCUUUUCUUUUGUAAGAAUUACCGCCUUACUCAUUUCAUCGAAUAGAUUAUGGAUUGGUACAGGAAACGGAGUAAUAAUAUCAGUUCCCUUGGCCGAAGAUGUAUAUGUCGUAGGUGCUGGAGGUUCAAUGGCAGUGUCCAGAGUUCAAGCAGCAAGUGGAAAAACUGAAGCGCCAGGAGUCGGUGUCCGAAUUUUUGCAUCAGACCGUAGUGUUACACGUGGAAGUUUUAUACCUUACUGCAGCAUGGCUCAUGCUCAACUUAGUUUUCAUGGACAUAGAGAUGCGGUGAAGAUGUUCGUUGCAGUGCCUGGUCAUGGCGGCCAAAGUGCAGUGUCUGAUGGUUCUCAACCAGCCAUGCUUGUUCUAUCCGGAGGCGAAGGGUACAUAGAUUUUAGAGUCGGUGAUGGAGAAGACACGGAAGAAAGCAUGGAGAGAUCUAACAGUGCCGUGGCUGCGAACGCUGAAGAACACGGGGAACAAAGUCAUUUAAUCGUGUGGCAAGUGCAAUGCCCUUUACCAGUGCCAAUGAAUGGCUAGCCUAGACAUUUUGGGAACUCGCUGAUCCCGGUCUAUGGUCCAGCUUAAACUUCACCUACGCGUGAACCAAGCGUUUGGCGUCGUUUCCAUUUUAUGCUGUCGAGGCACCGAUAAAUCACCACUUAUCUGGUCAAACGAAUGCUCUAUCUAUUUAAUUAUACUUAUAAUAAAGAUUGUAGCACGGUACGCUAACGAUUCUACGAAUAAUGUAACAGGGACAGAGGAAAUGUUGUACGACUUUUAAUCAAUUUAAGGAUCAUUUUCGGUAUUUCUUUAUGGAUAAAUAUCGGUCGUAAAACUUUGCCAAAUGUAGUUAAUUCGUUAGGUGUUCGGUUGCUCAUUGGGGAAUAUUUUUUUUUAAUUUUAAACUAAAAGACGAUUAGAAUCUCUUAACACGAUGCUUAUAAUCUUUAGCUUGAAACUUCUAAAACGGUCCAUCAGAGUACUCUUUACAUCAUUCAUUUCUUUCGAAGAUUAUGCAUGACUCGAACGAUAGUAAAACGAGAACGUUUAUUUUCAAGUUACGUAUUGUAAUUUCGUACGUAGGAAAGCUUCUUUUUAAAACGUCUAGAAACUGAAGAAAUAGUGUUGUAUCUCCGCCAAUCAAUGUGAUAAUCGAUACAGACAUGAGACAAUGAGUUUUCGAAGCUGCCGUGACAUUUGCUACCUAGUUGCAAUAAGAUCGUGAUUACCUUCAACGAUACAGGAACAUUUGUACAUGUUCAUUUGCAGGGUGCAACCAAGUCGGGUAGUAAUUAGAAAUAAUUUAUUGUACAUUAUUUGUUUAGAUAAUAUAUAGGUUUUCAAACAUAAAUGAUUUGAAUCGCGUAAAAAAAAAAAAUUUUAUGUAUACAUAUAUAUAUAUAUAUAUUAUAUAUACGGAGUGUAAUAUAUUAUUUUAUAUGUUCUGCUAUAUACUUAGCGUGCGGUUUUAUCGCACAUGCUUUUUCCAGAAUUGUCUUGUAGAACAAUGAACUUAUGUACAUAAUUGUGAAAUGUUUAUAGCUCGUUGCGUAGAUUUUUAACUUAUGUUUCCGUCGACGAACGAAGUAGUAAUAAUUCUGAUCAUGGCACACACACACAUACACCAAGUACGUUCAAUUUCUCGUCGAUCACUACGAACUUUAUUUUUUACCGCCAACAAUCUCUUCCCUAAUUACCAAAGAUGAGGUACGACUUCUUGUAUUCUUUGUACAAUCCCUAGGAAGAAUGGUUUCGUGUUGCGCGUUCUACGCCGAUAUGUAGCGACCAGAAGAAAUUUAGAACAAGAAUAAUAGCAACAAAUCUCUUGCAAAUCGAGCACUUUUAAAGGAGUCGCUGUCAUUCGGGCUUGCGUGAUUUUUGUAAAUUCCUAUGUUAAGUAACGAAUGGUGAAAAUUCAGGAUGUGUACGUAUGAUGUAUAAGGGCUGCACAUUUAUUGUGUGCGAGCUCGCUUUCGGUGUCGAGCUCGGAAUUGUACCUGGCUCAGAUGAAGCUGCAGUGGCGUUAAUAAAGAAAGUUGCGAAACAGAAA